CCCUUCUCCUCCUCGGCCCGCCAGCAGGAGGCGACGCGCUGAUUGGCUCCGGCUGGCGCAAGGGGCGGAGUCUAACCUGCCAGCGGAGGGAAAAAAACACAUCACCAGCAGCAGCAGCACCACCAGCAGCUUGCCCUCCCUCCCUUUUCCUCCCGGGGACGUUCCACUGGGCAGCAAUGCAAUGCUCUCCCGCGUGCCAAUAGGGAAGCGGAGGGUCCCGGGAGUGACCGCGCGCCACUGAAGCACCAGCAGCACAAGCCGCAGCACAAGCAGCGCGCGCCGCCUCCUCCUCCUCCUCCUCCUCUCUUGCACCGCUGCUGCUGCUAUUUCCUCCUCCUCCUCCUCCUGCUGCUGUUGCUGCUAGAGGCCGCCCUUCUUCCAAGGUUCCUCCUCCGGCAAGCGCAGCGCUGACCAUAAGGGACGAAGCCAAAGGGGUCCUCCUCAGGUCCUGGCCAUGAGCAAAGCAGGCGCGUGGGCUACUCCAGCCCCCUUCCCUUCCUCCUCCUCUUCCUGCUGCUGCAAGAGGCUCCUGCCUUUUCUCCUCGUCUGAGACGGGGACACGGUGCGAAUCCUGAGCCUCAUUCACAACCACCACCAGCAACGUCGUUCUUUUCUCUACGUAAUUAUUUCUCCUUCUUUUAAAUAGCCCUGGUCCAAUUAGUGCUGCCUAGCACCACCACCACCGUUAUUAUUAUUAUUAUUAUUAUUAUUAUUAUUAUUAUUAUUAUUUUCCUUCCCAUUUUUAAUUUUUUAAUUGAAUUUUAAUUCUUUUUUUUUAGGAGAGCCUAAGAGGGAGGCUCCUCCUGUCAGUGGUGUCAUGUUUGCUGAACUUUGGUGGUUUGCAGGCUCUGAUUUUUAAAAGGCCUUUGGGGAGAUCCCCUUGUGCAGUUGAUUUGGGGAGUGUGUGUGUGUGUGUAUAUAUAUAUUACUCCAAUAUAGCCGAUAUAUCAUUCAUAUAUAUAUAUAUUUAUAUUUGGGGCCCCCCGAAGGCUUUGUUUUGGAGGGUCUGUGUCUCGGGGGAGCCAUGGGCCUCCCUGCCUUGGAGUUCAGCGACUGCUGCCUGGACAGCCCCCAGUUCCGAGAGAGGCUGAAGUCCCACGAAGCAGAGCUGGACAAGACCAACAAGUUCAUCAAGGAGCUCCUGAAAGACGGAAAGUCCCUCAUCGCAGCCCUCAAGAAUCUGUCUUCAGCAAAGCGGAAGUUUGCAGACUCUUUGAAUGAUUUUAAAUUUCGAUGUAUAGGUGAUGCUGAAACAGAUGAUGAAAUAUGUAUAGCAAAAUCCCUGCAAGAGUUUGCUGCUGUUCUUAGAAAUCUAGAAGAUGAGCGCAUGCGCAUGAUUGAGAAUGCUGGUGAAGUUCUAAUCACUCCUCUGGAGAAAUUUCGCAAGGAACAAAUUGGUGCUGCUAAGGAAGCCAAGAAAAAGUAUGACAAAGAGACAGAGAAAUAUUGUGGUGUGUUAGAAAAGCACUUAAACCUGUCUUCCAAGAAGAAAGAAUCUCAGCUUCAAGAGGCGGAUAGCCAGGUGGACCUGGUCCGUCAGCACUUCUAUGAAGUCUCCCUUGAGUAUGUCUUCAAAGUACAAGAAGUUCAAGAGAGGAAGAUGUUUGAGUUCGUGGAACCACUGUUGGCGUUCCUGCAAGGGCUCUUUACAUUCUACCAUCAUGGUUAUGAGCUUGCAAAGGAUUUCAGUGAUUUCAAGACGGAGCUGACAAUCAGCAUACAAAAUACAAGAAACCGUUUUGAAAGCACAAGAUCAGAAGUUGAGUCCUUGAUGAGGAAAAUGAAGGAGAAUCCUCAUGAGCACAAAAAUAUCAGUCCUUACACAAUGGAAGGCUACCUCUAUGUCCAGGAGAAACGUCAUUUUGGGACAUCCUGGGUGAAACAUUACUGCACAUAUCAGAGUGACUCUAAACGAAUAACUAUGGUGCCAUUUGACCAAAAGUCUGGUGGAAAAGGGGGAGAAGAUGAAGCCAUUAUCCUUAAAUCCUGCACACGUCGGAAAACGGAUUCCAUAGAAAAGAGAUUUUGCUUUGAUGUAGAAGCAGUAGAUCGGCCUGGAGUGAUCACAAUGCAAGCACUUUCUGAAGAAGACCGAAGACUGUGGAUGGAGGCAAUGGAUGGCCGGGAACCCGUUUAUAACUCUAACAAAGACAACCAAACGGAAGGCACUGCCCAGUUGGAUAAUAUGGGCUUCAGCAUUGUCAAGAAAUGCAUUCAUGCUGUUGAAACAAGAGGGAUCAAUGAACAAGGACUAUACAGAAUAGUUGGUGUCAACUCCAGAGUUCAAAGGCUAUUGAGUAUCUUAAUGGAUCCUAAAGCAGCUGAAACAGAAGAUGAAAUCUCUGCAGAGUGGGAGAUUAAAACAAUCACCAGUGCACUGAAAACAUACUUGCGAAUGCUUCCUGGACCACUCAUGAUGUAUCAGUUUCAAAGAAGCUUCAUUAAAGCAGCAAAACUGGAGAAUCAAGAAUCAAGAAUCUCAGAGAUCCACAGCUUAGUACACAGACUUCCUGAGAAAAACAGACAGAUGCUCCAUUUGCUCAUGAAUCACUUGGCAAAUGUUGCGAAGAACCACAAACAGAAUCUAAUGACUGUUGCAAAUCUGGGGGUUGUUUUCGGACCAACAUUAAUGCGACCACAAGAAGAAACAGUUGCUGCGAUUAUGGAUAUCAAAUUCCAAAAUAUUGUGGUGGAGAUCUUAAUAGAAAACCAUGAAAAGAUAUUUAACACAGUUCCAGAAACACUGCAAUCAAAUUCUCAGCUGCUUUUAUCUCGAAAGAGAAGUACAGAUUCAAAACCACCAUCAUGCAGUGAGAGGCCCUUAACCCUCUUCCAUACUAUGCAACCCAGUGAAAAGCAGGAAAACAGGAACAGUAUCAUCAACUCCAGUCUGGAAUCAGUCAUAUCAUCAUCAAACAUCAACAGUUUCCUCCACUCCAACAGCACUCCUCAAUCUAACAUGAACUCAAGUGACCCUGACUUAGAAGUUGUUAAACCCAGCAGGCCAAACUCACUAAUCCCCCCUGCUUCAGCUGAGACCUCAGAAGAUGCACCUACUUCAGACCACACAUCCCUGGAAGGUGGCAGUGUUGAUAAGUGAUAUUGACUACAUUUGAAGUGGACUGACUGAGAACUGUACUCAGUCUGCAAGACAGAGAAGUUGUAAAACACAUACAAAAAUAGCUCACUUUCCUUUUUAAAUUUUACAGAACCUCUUUUAUUUUUUUUUAAAAUAAAAACUAAAGUAGAGCAAUGUAGAACAAUAAAUAGUCUGCCACCCCUUCCUGAAAAGUAAGUGGAAGGAGCUGUAAUUCUUGUCAUUGCUCUGUGUUUUGUAUCAACAGAGAUGAUAUCUGUGGAGGCAGGACAGAUGGGAAGCCAGCCCCCCCCCCCCAAAAAAAAGAGGGGAGAUACCUGAUUCUAAAUACUUUCCAGUCACCUCACUUUUUAUACAUGUCUUAGUAGACUUCGUUGGUGGUUAAUAGAACAAAGAUCUAAUUUCUGACUUUGCUCAUUAUAUAUUUUUAGAUAGAAUUACAUUUUUCUGCUAAGCAUCAAAUAUUGACAGUCUGUGACAAGGAGUAAACGAUGUAAAAGGUGAUACAACAUUUGUUAUUGAAAUAAUAAGCUCUUAGCAAAGCUCUUGGCUGAAGUCCUGGUAGGAACAGGUGCAUCUAGUGUCACAAAAAAAAGGACUGUCAUGAAAAGGCUAAUUUAUAGAUCUCAUUUUGUCCUUCCUUUUCAGACUCAGUCUGGCUUGUACACACACAGCUCCAGGGACAAUAACUGAAUAACCAGAAUUUCUCAGUUAGCAUGACCAUGCGCUGAAAUUUGUACAGGAGUAACAAGUUAAUCUAUUUGUUUUCCCAGUGUCUGUACAUCAUAGUUUCAAGGGCAUUACUAUUAUGAUUAUUAGUAUCAGUAUUGUGUUUGUUUAUAUCCUGUGUCUCUUUUAUUAUGGAACUCAUGGAAAUGUCCAUAGGAUUCCUCAGCAGUGACUUAUCUAGGCACUAUCAAGAUCCAGUCUGUUUGGCUUCAAUGGGAUGAUGCUAGUUAAACCUAUGAUGUUUGUAGUUGUCACAUCACUUUCUCUUGAGUAAUAACAAUAUGUACGCACAAAUAUAUGAUGUCAUCAUGAUGUAGUGGUUUGAGCAUUGGAUUAUGACUCUGGUGACCAGGGAUGGAAUCCCCACUCAUCCAUGGAAACCUACACUCUCUCAGCCUUAGAGGAUGUCAGUGGUAAACCCCGUAUGAGCAAAGCUUGCUAAGAAAGCCCUGUCAUGGGUUCACCAUAGGGUCACCAUAAGUUAGAAAUGACUUGAGGCCACAGAAUAAUAAUAAUAUUGAAUGCAGCGUUUGAGAGGGGACAAAGCUAAAUGGUAAAACACAUGCUUUAUAUGCAUGGGGUCCAAUGUUCAAUUUGUGACAUCCCUGCUUUAAAAAAUUGUCACUAGCAAAGCUGAGAAAAGAUGGUUGCCUGCAACACUGAAGAGUUGACACAAUAGUGGACUAGUUGUAUCACACCCAGGUUCCUAAUAGGCCUCUAAUGUCUCAGGCAACCAUCUUUCCUAAGCUUUGCUAUGCCAGAUUCCUUUCAGUAGGAAUAUCACAAAUUAAACCUGGCAGUGGCUUUCUGAAAUUUUCAGGAAGGAGAGUUCAGUCCUAUGUGGAGAUGCCAGUAUUCAACCAGGGUCCUUCUGCAUGCAAAGCACUUGCUUUUGAAAGCAUGUAUCUGCUUACAAAAAGCACUGUAUUUUGAAAGAGAAUACCAGUGGUCUUAAAGAUGAAACACCACUUGUAUUCACUGUGUAGGUGGAAGGAGCAGGGAACACUGUGGGGAUGCUGCAAUGCUGGGUAGAUGGGGAGCUGCACAUUGCCCAUGGGCCACAUAAUCCCUCCCCUAGUGUAGAUGGAAUAAACACCUUGAGCAUUAGAUUCAAAUAUUUACAUUAUUCAGAAGUAAUCUAUUGAAACAAAGGAUUGCUGUUUGGCAAUGUAAAUAGCAGAUGCAGGAGGACAGUGCCUAGGAGGAAAGGACAUGUGGUCCUCUGAAUUCUACCGGGGUCUGAAGUGUUUUUCAUGCAAGAAACACUCUUUCAUGAUACCCAUGGGGUUUUGUGCAAAAUUGCUGUUUUGUGCAAAAACGUUAAUUUUGCACACACACACAAAACCCUGUAUGAAUGUCUAGAAACAGUGGGUUUUGUGAGCACAGAGUAUAUUUUUCACACAAAAGGCGUCCACAAUUUUCAUGCAAAAACUAAUUCUGGAAACAAAUUUUUGGUGUAAAUUGGUUGGGUUUUUGCACUAAUUUUACACAAAAAAGCAUACAUGCAUAUAUUGGAACAGUAUUUUUUGCAAAAUUGUAGUUUUGGCAUGAUAGCUAUUCAUUUUUGUGUAUUUCUGUGCAGAAAUACUGAACAGUGUGAAAACUAGAUUAAACCUCUGCAAAUUUCUUACCUUUGUGACAUUUUUUCCUGAGCAGGUUUCCUGAAUGUUGGGAAGCUCAUUUUAAGAACAAAAUUGUGAGAAACAACAACAAAUAUUCUUUCCAUCCUCACUGUUGAGUGGAAUGCAGGCAUGGGGGAGGGUUGAGAUACAGAGACACUAGCUGAGCCUUUCUAAUAAUGUAUAGUUUGCCUGUGACUUUGGAGAAAAGGGGUGAGAUGAAGGGUUAUGUGUGCUUCAGCAAGUAUAGGACAUGGCCACAUAAUCCGGGAAACCCACAAAAACUAUGGAUGCUGACCAUGAAAGCCUUUGACUUCACAAGCAUAGGAGAAUAACUGGGUGAAUAGAUAAAGCACUGCUUCAGGAAACCCUUCAUGAGUUUUCCUUUGUAGUCAGUAUUUAAUCCUCUUUCUCUUUUUGUUUGUUUUGUUGGUGUCAGGGAGUGUAUAGACUGCUAUUGUCCACUAAGUAGUCAACCUUGACGUUUUAUUUUUUGCAGCUACAAGGGAAAUAAUGCCCUUUUUGUAUUUCCUUUGUAUGCCACUCUCAUUUAUGUAGAAUGUAAAUUUAUGUAUGUGAGAAAUAUAUAGGUAAUGAAGUCUUUCCUUUAUGCAUAGGGCAGGCCUAACGUCUGAAUCAAUGCAGGCUUCUAAAUCUUUUCUGCUCUCAAUAUGGAUUGCUGUUUGCCCGUGGUGGCUUGUAAAAUAAGAUAUCCUUAGCAACUCUGGAAGAGUGUAAUAAACAGCAUACAUGAAUUUAUGUUUGUCAAAGGUUGCAUUUUUUUCACACACAUUU